UUAAGUGGGCUAAGUUCGUUCACUCAGAUUUCCAUCAAUGUUUUUGUUUAGAAACAAAAAAUUGCCGGUGGGCAUUCGUAAAACUCUGACAAAACUUCCUGCAACUAUUGUCUUUGCGUCCCUUCAGGAGAGUCGCGGCGUGAAAACCAUCGCUAGCCGAAUGGGUCCAUCUACUCCACCAAAGGAGCUGACAACCGAAAUGGUCUCGCAACUUGGAAAGCCACCGAAAAUGCGCGAAGACCCUGCGUUCAAGAAGAUAGAUAGUCCCGAGUUCCACGGCAUUUUUACUCCGGAAGUGGACUCGUUGGUGUCCCUCUUUAAGAAGUAUGACUAUGAGCUGAGAAUUGCCGGCGGAGCCGUCCGCGACAUACUCAUGGGUAUCAAGCCAAAGGACAUUGAUUUCGCCACCACAGCCACGCCAGAUCAGAUGAAGGAGAUGUUCACCAAAGAAAACGUGCGUAUGAUCAAUGCCAAAGGCGAGAAGCAUGGUACCAUUACUCCGCGCAUCAAUGGCAAGGAGAACUUCGAGGUGACGACACUGCGCAUCGACGUCCGGACCAAUGGUCGACACGCUGACGUGGUUUUCACUACAGACUGGCAGCUGGAUGCAAACCGUCGUGACCUGACCAUAAACUCCAUGUUCCUAAGCUUUGACGGCACUGUCUAUGACUACUUCUAUGGCUACGAUGAUCUGCAGCAGCGCCGCGUUGUCUUUGUUGGCGAUGCCGACAUACGAAUCAAAGAGGACUAUUUGCGCAUUCUGCGCUACUUUCGGUUUUACGGACGAAUUGCAAAUGAUGCACAAAGUCAUGAUGUCAGCACCCUGGCCGCAAUCAAGGAAAACGCCGAAGGUUUGGCAAGGGUAAGCGGCGAGCGAAUCUGGUCAGAGCUGCAGAAGAUAAUUGUGGGAAAUUACGGACCCCAACUGGUGCUGCAGAUGCACCGCUGCAAUCUCAUUCAGCAAUGUGGGCUUCCUGUUGAGCCCAACUUGAAGGAAUUUCAACGCCUUUGCGAUGCCUUGGACCAGUUCGAGAAGCCACACUAUCCCAUAUUGUAUAUGACGGGAUUGAUUCACUCUCUCGAAGAGACCAUGAUGCUGCACGAGCGCUUGAAGCUGUCCGCAUUCGAAAGGGAUCUGGCUCUGUUUAUUACACAGCAGCGGGAGAGGGUGGACUCGGAGUACACUACCCUACGCGAUUAUCAAAAACUGUGUCUGCAACCGUAUGCCAAGCGGGACUACGUCGAGCAACUCCUCAAGUAUACCCGCAAAGUGGAGCUCUACAAUCAGUUGAAGGCAUGGUCCACUCCCAUUUUUCCCCUCAGUGGCAAUAUACUCAAGGAUCAUGGGCUUUCUGGCAAGAACCUGGGCACUGGACUGUCACUUCUGCGCCUCAUGUGGGCAGACAGCGACUUCCAACUAACCUCUGAUCAGUUACUGGAAAAGAUUCCAUACAUCUUGGAGAAACUGCAAUCGCCAAGCAACACAAAUGCACCAAGCAAAAAGAAACGAACUGAGUAGCAGAAUCUUUAGUUACGCAUCUAAAGCACAUUUUCUGUAUAUAGUAUCUUGACUUAAUAUCCUGCAGUUUAUUAAAUUUUUGUUUGGAAAC